AUGGCCUAUCGGGAAGCGUGGAGACUCUUGGACGAGAAGUUCCGGAGAUACCUCGGAGGUUCGCGAGAACAGAGUCGCCCGGCCGAGGACCAUUUGCCAUCACCACCACCCUCGUCACCACCGGCUCCGCCGGCUAUACCUAAUCAGUUAGAGGUUAUACCUCCCCCUCAACGACCUUCCCCUCAACCACAUUCACCUUCCCCACAACCACCUUCAUCUCCCCCUCAAACACCUUCACCUCCCCUGCAAACUUUUUCGCCUCCCCCUCGAUCUCCGUCACCCGUGUUUUCGGACUCACUGACGGAGCGAAUCUUUCCAGAUACUCCCCCACUAUCACCCGAUUCAUCGAUCGAUCCUAUCCCUCAGAAGAAUUCCGUUCCGGACAAACUCUACGGACAGCGUGGAGUUCUCAGGGGAUAUUCCUCCACUCCCACCUACAUCAUAUUUCUGAAUCCUAGAGUGACACUCUCGAGUCAAUCAUCACUCAUCAGCCAAUUCCCGCGGACUACUACCGCAUCCAUCUCUCAGGGAGCCUACACAAUCGGCCCUUAUUACUUCGAUCCUGAGAAAAUCCGGAAUGCUAUCACUGGCCAAAACUCAACCUCCUGUAUCCCUGUAUUCCUUCCGAAUUCCGCCAAUCCAUUCCUAGUUCCAGUAGAAUUCUUUUAUAAUCUUUUCCUCCUUCCUCCGUUUCCAUCCACGAAAUAG